AUGUAUCUCCUUCCCUCCCCGCUGCCCGGACACAGUGAGUAUAACACAGAUAAUAUUUACGAUAAAUCACCUCAAGACGUCGUAAUGGCGUCGCCCGAAGAGACCAGCUACAAGAACAUCCUCAUAUCGAUCCGCGACAAACCGUCGAUAAUCGAUGAAACGAUCACCGUAAAGCGCGCGAAAAAAUCGAUCCUCUCCCACACAGAUACUAUAACGCCCAUAGACAACCUGAAACCCAAGAUGGCGUACAUUGAUAAGGUGUCGCCGAGCUACGUCCCGGGGAAGGCUGUCAAAAUUGUCAGUGACGUCACACACCACAGCUUAGACAAGGUAGGUGUCGAGGCGCACUCGCUUGACAGCUUGAGUGAAUAUUAUCUGAACCAGAGGCGAUUGAGCGAAGGGAGCGGUGAAAAGCCGCCGAAAAAACGCUGCUCGACGUCAACUAUACGCAAGUUGAGACCUGACGAAAUGAAAAAGAGUAAGUCUGAGGUGAGUAAGUUGUGCGACAAAGUGAAGAGUAUUAAGUUGAAAGACGAGAGUAAAAACUACAAAACGCGCAGUUGUAAUGAUAUUGUCAAAUUGAUUCUCACUAAACAUGGCAUCCAUGUUAUUAGCGAUACAGAGGCUAUUGUAUAG